ACCAAUGUCCAAAGGGAUUCUGCAGGGAAGAAGUGAAAAAAUACUUAUUCCAUAACAGUUUGGUAGUGAAGACUUUUUUCCUUUGGUAAGGUCUAUACAGCUACUUCCCAAACACCAACGUUUGCUGUUUGUGCUUCUUGACAGCUGCUAUAGUUUUCCAUUAAAGUAACUGAAACAUUUCAGAAGAGGUAGGUGGAAUAUGGUGAGCUAAAGGUGUAUGAAGAGAAAUUAUCUGUCCUAAAGCUUCCCAGCAAGCUUUUUUUUCCCACCAAAGUCUUCCUAGACUGAAUGAAUGAUCACUGCUCCAAUCAUCAACUUUCAUAGAUGGAAAGUAUAAAGCUUACAUACUUCAGCAAAUAGAGGUUCACCUUGAUUAACAAAUAACAAGCAGCUGUCAACAUACCAGCUGCAGGAGAUAAAAGGGAUGAAGAAGAGGCCUGCAGUUGUAAAGAAGGCAGACUUAAGAAGCAGGAGGAAAAAUUAUGGCUUGGUAAGGAAGAGGAAGUUUUCCGCGGAUGGGUUUUGCGUAAGUGCUAUAAACGCGGUUCGGUGGAUCUCGGGUAGCGGCAGCACAGCGGCCGUAGGGUCCUCUAUCACCGAGAGCAUCAGAUUUAGUAGGGGACGUACGCCCAUAGGAGCACAAUAUCCCGAAAGUAUUUUAUUAAGCAUCGAUCAACUCACCGCUAGAGCAGGAAAAUCGGCUGUUAUAGGAAAAGAAAGGACCAAAUCCUCGUUUUCUCACUUUAAUUUCUGCUAUCCGCGCGGCAGGGAGGCAGGGCGGCUGCGCGCCUCCGGGCAGGUCCCGGCGCGGCCGCGGCCCCUCGCAGCCCAGUGCCGCCCGCGCCCGCGGGAGAGGCGCCGCCCGGCUCGGAACCGAGCGUCUCUUCCGCCCCCCCCCCGCCCGGUACGGCGGUGGAACAGCGCUGCCGCUCCUUCGCCACCUCCCGUGCGGGGUCUUUGUGAUGUAACUUGCUACCUGGCAGUCAUUAAUCUCACCGACACAGGGAUGCCGGAACCUUCUCAAUCCCUUUCUGAUAGAAACAUUAUAAGAGCUGCUGCUUACCCUUACUGCAACUUUGGAUGACAUGAGAAGGCCAAGUGAUUGCAACAUGCUGAAGACAUGAAUCAGAGCGAUCAGGAGACCUAAUAUUUCACUCCAGAAAUUCUAGAGUUUUGCUUCCUCUGCGUGAUGGACACAAAUGUCUUCAGAUCUGCUGAUUCGGUAGAAGUGAACUUGGAUCAUCCAGAACCAUGUUACUGGGGCUCCAUCUUACAGCAGAUGAGAGCAGAAUGGCAGUGGCAUUAUGAAUUCUCUAGAUUAGAAGCCAGGGAGAAGAAAUUUUAUAAGAUAUGAUGUGAUGUUUUGCUUUGGGCCAAAAACACAAUGCAUUCCCCAAAGAGAGAAUGCAUUUGUUCAUACUGCUUCAAGAUCCAUGCAAAUAAGAGUAUUUUUAGUAGUUCUGUUUUUACAGGGUCUUACAUAAUAAUGAUUUAUUUGGCAUGAACAUCACUGUGUAGACAAUUAACAAAAAAAAUCUCUUUUUGUAAUUUGUAAUCUCUGGAGGAUAGGAACGAGGUCUUGAUUAUCACAUUAGAUAUUUUGAUGAAGAAUAGUGAACAAAGAUUUCAAAACAUAAUAAUCAUGGUAGUUUGAUAUUUUUUGCAUCAUUACUUCCAUGCUGGAUUCUUACUGAAACUAAAUCUCAGACCUUUCUGAGACUUUUUUUUCCAAGCAAUUGCCACUGUUUUUAAUCUCUGUAUCUUUUUAUGACCUCAAAAGUUACAUUUCUCCAUUGAUCUACAUCACCUUUGUCAGGCAAAUAGUAACUAAAACCAUAAUGCAAGAAACAUAGAUUUGCAAGGAACUGUGUGGUCUUCAUGAAAGCCGUGCUCCAUAUAUUCAUAUCUAAGAAUAAAGCCAUCAAGCAAAUGGGUAAUGGCAGAGAAAACCAUAAUUUCUUGUUGAAAAAUCAAUGACUUGAUUUUCCUGCAUUUCAUUCAUGCAGUAUUGUUCUGCUCACUUAAUAGAGUCAUUUACAGAAGAUGAAUUUCCCUGGGGUUUUUUUAAUAGUAUAGAGUAUGAAUGAGAAGAAGCUUCUCUCAUAUUCUGAAGAUGAAUGGAAAUGAGUUAAUGAAAACUCAUUUAAAAAGCCAGCAGUUGAAAUUCUGUCUCCAGAUUUCUGAGUGAGGCCCUUGGGACCUUCUGUGAGUUGUACUCAGAAACGGUUUCUUCUUUUCUGAGCGUGUUCCAUGAGUGUCUUCUGAAUUUGUGUACUUCACAGUAAAGUACAGGACAGUAUGUGGUUGAAGUGAAGGGUUGAUAUCACAGUAUUGUAUCUGAGAACUAGUAACGUUUUAUUGUUUUGCUUAGAGCUUUGCCUAUUUCUUGCGUCUUAUCUUGCUAUAGUAAUAUUUAAGAAUGGUAAACUAAAAUUAUUUCAAGUGGAAGAGACCUAUAAAAAUCAAGUCCAAUUGCUCUGAAAAGUAUUUGCCAUUGCCAGCUGUAAUUAUUUCCGAAAAUGUAGGUAGAUAUCGUGUGUAUUCUGACAAAUGCAUUCAAGAGGUCUCUACCUUCAGAUUUACUCUUUUUUUUUUUUUUUUCUCUCCAAGCUUUUUCUACUACCCUUAACGAAAUUAAAAGAAGUUGCUCAAAGACGCUGUAAAGUGCUGCUAAAUUGAUCCAACUUUGAGUAGUUGGUUGGACAAGACUUCCAGCCUCUAUUAUCCUAUGCUUCUAUGAUUCCAGUAUUCCUAAUAUAUGAUUAUGAUGCAGCUGAUUAAAUUAUUCAUUAUUUAGUCUUCUGUAACCUGUUAGCUCACUCUACUCUGGUCUAAAAAAAAAAUAAAUCAAGCAUGCUAAUACGAGGCUUAGUCCAGCUUUGAGAAGUCUAUAAAAACACAGGUACUAUUUGAGAUAUAUGUAUUUAUUUUCUUAUGAUCCAAUUUAGAAAAGAGAGAGGUGAACAGUCAAACUACUUCCAAAACCAAAUGUAGAACAGAGAAACAAUUGCACAAUGAAAGAUUUCCUGUAAUAAUAAUUCAAAUCAGGACUGUAAGGCCCUCCUAUUUGCUGUUUGCCCAGAUUAACUUUGUUGUUUAUUCAGUGCUUAGAGUACACAGAAACUUCAGCAAACCUAGUCCUGAUGAAUGUUCAGUUUACUGCAGUGUCCAUCAGAGGAGCUCACCUGUGCAUUCUGAAUUACAAUAAUAUUUUCUGGAAAUCAUGCCGAAUAACAAGAUUCUGUAGAAGGGAAAAUAGUUUUGUUGUGGUUAUUUGUCGUUACUUAAUGAUAAUAGUUAUAAUCAUAUAUAUUAUUAUUUAUCACGUUUAUCACAUAUUGAAUUUUUGUGCAUAUUUUACCACUGAAAUGAUACAUGCUUGGCAAAUUUCCAUUUAUCAUAUAUGGCUUGCACUAUGGUUGAAAUUUGUAUCUUAUUUGUUUUAAAUCAACUAAGGGAUGAGAGAAACAACUUAUAAGCUGUUUUUCUAAUACUUUAUGUUAACUCUAAAACUGUAGGUGUGAAGCCUGCCUGCUAAGAUCCAGCUGGUCAGUAAUAAUAAUAAUAAUAAUACAGAAAUGUGGUGGAUGAAUUCAAUUCUGACUUAGAAGGCUGUUGGAACACAAUAAUCAAACUUUUUUGUGUGCAUUCAUAUAUUAUUGUGUGAAGAUUUCUUGGGUGCAUGUUUCUCCCAGCACAUAAUCUGCAUGUAAAAUAUAAGCAUAACUUCAUAUUACCUAGAGUAAAAAAAAUAAAUAAAAAAAAAACGAGAGAAAUAA